AUGGUAAAUUGUCCUUAUUGUACAAAUACGUUAAAUUGUUUAUGUGGACCCUUACCAUAUUUGUGCGAAACCUCUCAUUCAACGAAUUUGGAUGAACAAUCCGAUUCUCGGAUAUUUCGCAGAAAGACGUUUAAUUCUGGUAUUACAAGAUUGUCAAUCAUUUAUGAUUUGACCGUGGAACAGGAUCGAACAUCCGAUGAAUGUUCCAAAAUGAAAAUUAAAAGUUCUCGACUAGCCUUAUAUGUUCGCUCUCCAGCUAAAGACGAUCGUUCACUUAUCAUGUGA